AUGUCUCUGACGGGAGACAAACAACGCCUUGCCAUGUGCUAUGGUUAUUUCUUAGUAGCUGUUACUCAGUUAGCCCUGGUUAUCCUCGCAUCUGUCCUCCACAAAGGUGUAACACCAUAUAAAACAUCCGCGUAUAAGAGCUACCAAACAGCAACACGUAUCACCGGCGGAAUGGCUUUUCUCCUCAUGGCAGUCCAAGUCUACAUCUCCGUCAUUCCUACCCUCCUCGACGGCCCCAAGAUUGUUAUUGUGUUGUUGCUUCUCGCUCAGCUAGCUUCUACGGCGUACUUUUGCUAUCUUCCCUUCAAAUACCUGAAGGGUGUCGCACCCUGGGAAGAUGGAAGGCUCAUGGCUGAUCAGGAGGAGUUGGGGCUGAAAGUUCUUUCGGAGAAUACGGAUCCGACAUCCUUGAAUGAACAAAGCAGGGCUGCAGACUAUGAUACGAUGGAAUUUGUACAGUUGUCUGGACCUGGGGCUGCUUGUCCCGUGUAAGACGCUGUUGCUGGGCUGAAAAUGGCGGGAGGAUCUCUCAAACUUGCAGAUCAACGUGUCUCAACAGGCUUCAAACUGAG